AUGCUCAGGCUAGGCGUCUUCGUCUCCCUCCUUUCGCUCGCCGUGGCGACGCCCACGCCGCCGCGCACCAUGCGCGUCCAUACCCGCAUGGACAGUGCCCCCGUAGGGUUCACUCUCGCGGGCGCGGCCAGCCCCGAUACGAUGAUCAAGCUCCGGGUUGCCCUCGUACAGAGCAACCCGGCUGGACUCGAGGAUGCGCUGUACGAUGUCAGCACGCCGUCGAGCGCCAACUAUGGACAGUACCUGACCAGGGAAGAGGCUGCGGCCUUUGUGGCACCGAGCGACGAGACUACCUCAGCCGUGAACACUUGGCUCGCGGAGCACGAUGUGACCGCUACACCGCUCACGCCUGCAGGCGACUGGAUCGGCUUCACCGUGCCCGUCAGCAAGGCGAAUGAGAUGUUCGCCGCCGACUAUAGCGUCUAUGCGCACACUGAGACGGGCCAGACCGCUAUCCGGACGCUGUCUUAUUCGGUCCCGGAGGAGCUUAUCGAGCAUCUCAAAGUCCUUUACCCAUCCACCACAUUCCCCAAGGUCCAACGCAAACUCCAAGUCGUCAAAGCACCCGUAUCUGUGGUUCCUGAGACAACGCAGGGCGCGGAGAACGCCGCCGUCAACGCGUCGUGCGCGAGCACCAUGACUCCGUCAUGUCUGCAGCAGAUCUACGGAGUGCCGUCAUCGCCGGCUACUCAGUCGUCGAACAAGCUCGCCGUAGCGGGUUACGAUGACCAAUGGUCAAACAUUGCGGAUCUAAGCACGUUCCUCAAGAGAUAUCGCCCUGAUAUGAGCUCCAACACGUCGUUCACGCUUGAGACGCUGGAUGGCGGAUCAAACAACCAGACCGAAGCAGAUGCCGGUGUGGAGGCAAACUUGGACAUUCAGUACACCGUCGGAGUCGCGACGAAUGUGCCAACAGUGUUCAUCUCUGCAGGCGAGAACAACAACGACGGUGAUCUUGGCGGCUUCCUCGACAUGACCGACCUCCUGUUGAACGAGACGAACCCACCCCAGGUAUGGACGACGAGCUACGGGCCGAACGAGGACGACGUUCCUGAGGAUCUAGCCUACAACCUCUGCAACGCAUACGCGCAGCUCGGCGCGCGCGGUGUCUCCAUCCUCUUCGCGACCGGCGACGGCGGCGUGUCGGGCACGCAGUCGUCCGAGUGCACGACCUUCGUGGUGCCCUUCCCCGACGGCUGCCCGUACAUGACGAAUGUCGGGUCCACGACCGGGUUCGCGCCCGAGAUCAGCGCGUCCUUCUCCUCGGGCGGGUUCAGCAACUACUGGGCGCGCCCGUCGUACCAGGCGGACGCGGUCGAGGCGUACCUCAAGACGCUCGGGGACACGUACGCGGGCCUGUACAACGCGAGCGGGCGCGCGUUCCCGGACGUGGCGACGCAGGGCAUCAACUUCAGCGUCGUGAUCGACCAGGAGUUCUACCUCGUCGACGGGACGAGCUGCUCGAGCCCGACGUUCGCGAGCGUGGUCAGCCUGCUCAACGACGAGCUGGUCGGCAGUGGGAAGCCCGUGCUCGGCUUCUUGAACCCGUGGCUGUACUCGACGGCCGCGGGUGCGUUCAAUGAUAUCACGGAGGGGAGCAACCCUGGGUGUGGGACGGACGGGUUCAACGCUACCGCUGGGUGGGACCCUGUUACGGGUCUGGGCUCGCCCGACUACGCGAAGCUGAGGUCCGCGGCGGGCUUGAGCUGA